GGUAUAGUGGCGGGGUCCGAGACCAGAUAUAGUGAAUGCUGGGUCCGGGGAGAGCGAUAUAGUGAAUGCGGGUCCGGGGAGAUCGGAUAUAGUGAAUGCGGGGUCCGGGGAGAGCGGAUAUAGUGAAUGCAGGGUCCGGGGAGAGCAGAUAUAGUGAAUGCGGGGUCCGGGGAGAUCGGAUAUAGUGACAUGCGGGGUCCGGGGAUGCAGAUAUAGUGAAUGCAGGGUCCGGGGAGAGCGGAUAUAGUGAAUGCGGGUCUGGGGAGAGCGGAUAUAGUGAAUGCAGGGUCCGGGGAGAGCGGAUAUAGUGAAUGCAGGGUCAAGGGGUAUAGUGAAUGCGGGGUCCGGGGAGAGCAUUACAGUGGAUGGAGCAGUUGG